AUGCAUUCAGAGAUGACCUUAAAAUUCUUCAAAGGCUCAUUCGCCCAAAAUAUCUAUCGUCUAUUGAAAUCAGUAUGUCUAGGUUAUUUGGUGCAAUCCUCAGCUCUUCCGCACCUUAAAAAUCUCACUAGCUCAGAGCCAGAGAAUAUACUUUGCGACAAACGCUUGCACUCUCCACUUUCUACCUCGGACUCGGAUUCAAGGAAAGCCUCAAAUCGAUCAAAUGCAACCAGCACCGAUCUACUUGAAGAGUGUAGAAGUCUUCCUUUGAGCCCCCAUCUGUGGCAGGAAUUGGGAUUGAAUGAAUUCCUUUUGAAUUAUCCCGGUGGGGAAUUUCUGAAUCUUCAGGUAGAUGGAAAUCUACUGAACGGAUUGAAGAUCUUUUGUCACCCCUUUUACCUUUGGGAUUAUAAGCAGUUAGCAGACCGCGUCAACUUGACCAAUUUUGAAUGUGGUAUCGGGAAACCGUGCUAUGCAGAUCAGCUCUGCCAACCCGUUCGAGGCAAAGAAUGGUGUCGCCCCGUCAAUGGCUCGAUUAAAUAUAAGCUUUCGGACUUCUAUCCUGACUCGACACACCUUUGGGAUAUCCUAAAGGCUUAUUCUAGUCUGAUAUCGGCCGCGAUUAAGGUUUAUCCGACCUGUGGUUUAUUAAGUUCCACAAGGUACUGGUAUCAAUUUAUUCAGGGAGAGUUUGGAAUGCUUUAUGGAAUUUCGGGGAUGAUGGAUGAUGUGUUGUUCAAGAAGCACUGGAAUUGUCUUUCCUACAAGAUAUCUGAGAAACAACAGUUGGCACAAAUGGCCGUCGCUAAUAUCUCACACUCCACAAUCGAAUCAGGAAUCAGCACUAUAAAAGGAAUUUACAGAGUCUUGAAGGACGGGAGGUUCUUGGUUGAUGACAUUGAAGGCAAAUUCUACUCCAAAAACCCGAUGAAGAACCUGAUAGGAGAUAAGCAAGAGGAGAUGAGACUUUCAGCUCAAUUGCAAAUCUUGGCAGCAUUAUGGAUUGAACAGCAUCCUUGCAUGGACUCUGGACUGAAUGGUGCAUGGCCUGGAGGAAAUGUGUUAUCUUAUUGUGGACCAGAUGACAUUAUGAUGAAUAUUGUUCAGGCAGAUGGGAAUCAAGAAAUAAGAAAGGUUCACAAUGCACAUCUCAUCAGUCAAAAAUACAAUCUUUCUGUUGGAUACUUGACUCAGGUGGCAUGGGAAUGUUACAAAAGUGGCAAGCAAUCUGACUAUGGUUCAUGGGAAAGUUGGGGCCGGGUCUCAGAAGAAUCAGAUUAUCCAUGUAGCUUUAAUUUGCCGGUAUGUGAUCUCACUAGGCCAGACAUUCAACAACACAAAAAUAGAAGAGGAAUAGUUGUAGCAUGUAGAAUCACCGGACAGCUUCCAAUUUGA